ACCGACUCCAGCCCCCAUUCCUUCCCCUCCCCCUCUUCCCUUCCGGCCGUUCGCCGAACGCCAUCGGAAGCCCCCGCGGGGCCGCGUCGAAGAUCGGGUUCUUCACUCUUCAGAAAUCAGAACCCUCCUCGUCGCCUCUUCCUCUUCCGCUUCAGCUUCAGCUUCCGCUUCCGCUCUCCAACGAUGGAUCAGUAAUCGGGUGGUUCUUCACAAACUAGCUUUGAAAGAGGUGAAAAAUUCUCUCGCUGUGCCGAUAUCAAGGAAUGGAUUAAAAGCAGGAUAUUGGACAUUUUCUACCAGCAUUUCCCAAUAAAGUGAAGUUGAGUAUCCCGUACUCUGUUCCUAGCUUUACUCUUGGCAGUUUUGGUGUAAUCACUCAAUUCCGAAGGGAUAAACAUUGGCCACAUGAUAGAGAGUGAUGAGAUGGUGGGGGCAAGUAAGAAUGGCAUGGGAACGUCAUCUCCCCACGUAGAGAUACUCAUACCGCCAUGGUGGGCAGAGGCGGCAGAGGCUAUUGCUCGCGCCGCUUCUCAGCCACCGGUUGCCUUCAUCUGCGGCCCUAAGAAUAGCGGGAAGUCUACAUUCUCUCGAUACCUUCUCAACAUUCUCUUGGAAAGGUAUAAGAGAGUAGGCUAUUUGGAUACCGAUGUGGGGCAGCCAGAGUUCUCUCCUCCUGGUUGCCUCUCCCUUCAUAUUAUUGGUGAAAAUAUACUAGAUUUGAUGAACACAAGUCUAAAAACACCUGAGAGGUGUUUCUUCUAUGGUGAUAUUUCAUCAAAGAGAGACCCAGAAGCGUAUUUAAAUUAUGUUUUCAACUUAUAUGAUUACUUUCUCAAGGAGUACUGUUCCUAUAAUGAAACCGAAAAUACUGGAAAUUCAAUGCCACCUUUAAUUAUCAACACUCCUGGAUGGAUGAAAGGUACUGGUUUUGAUCUUUUGGUAGAGAUGUUGAGAUAUAUCUCUCCCACUAUGGUGGUUAAAUUAUGUAUCUCAACUAGGAGUAAAAAUCUUCCUAAUGGAAUGUUUUGGUUUGAUGGUGAACAAAAGGGACAAACUGUUGUUAUUGAUGUUUUUUCCGCACAACAAGACUCCUUAAAUAGAUCGGUUUUGAUUCAGAAGGAUGUACGUGGUUUACGUGACCGUCGUCUUUUUGAAUAUUUCAAGCAAUGUUUUCCAACUGAUACGAAUAUUUCAACAAAUAAGGAACUUGCCUAUGCCCUGGCUUCUCUCCCUCCUUAUAUACUGCCAUUUUCGAAAGUUAAAGUUAUGCAUCUUCACUGUCAGGUCCCAAGUAAUGAAAUAUGGCACAGCCUGAAUGCUACUAUUGUGGGCUUGGCAGUUAGUACUGAUGGAACUGUAAUGAGUCGAUCCACACCUUGGUGUGUUGGGCUUGGUAUCGUCAGAGGUGUAGAUGUCACUGAAGGUCUAUUAUAUGUGAUUACUCCUGUUCCUCUUCACUAUCUUCGAAGUGUGGAUCUUCUACUACAAGGCUUUGUUGAAGUACCGACUAGUCUUUUGCAGGUGCGCGGAUGUGUUUCCCCUUACAUGUCUACUAAUGUGCUGCAUAGGAUAUCAGAUAAGGAUUUAUAGGAUAUCAAGAUGGGGCUGUAAAAACAGCAGCAAAUGCAACACUCAGAGCAGUUGAAAGGGGGGGGGUGGGGUGCAAAUUUUGAGAGCACUGUUAGAGGGUUGCGUCUCACUNUUUUUUUUUUUUUUUUUUAAUUAUUAUUAUUAUUAUUAUUAUUAUUAUUAUUACCCGGUUCUUAUGGAGUGCUGCCUCUAAGUUAAUUGGUAAAUGUUGAGACUUCUCUGAUCAGGAUUUUGCUGUUUGAUGUAAAUUAACAGUCCCAAUAUAUGCUUUAUGUACAAGGAGGGUUAUUUUGGGAAAGUUCAAAAUAAUUUCAGUUA